CUUACUAAAUUUCAUAGCUCUCACCAUCCUGAAAUAUAUAGCCAUAAUCUUGCGCAGUCUGAGUUCAUCAUUUGCCUGAAAAAAAAAAAAUGAAUACAACUCUAGGCCUCGUUCUCACCUCUGUGGUCGUAGCUGCAUCCAUAGCAUGCGCAGUGAAUUUACUAAAUCUUCUCUGGAUUAGGCCAAGAAAGCUCGAAAAGCUUCUGAGGAAUCAAGGUCUCAACGGGAACCCUUACCGGCCUAUUCUUGGAGACACAAGAGAUUACGCCAAGGCCAUGAAAGCACAACAGCUGAGAUCAAUCCAAUUGUCUGAUGAUAUUUUGCCCCAUGUCUUCGGAUACUUUCACACCAUCCUUGAUAAGUACGGUCCGAAUUCUUUCCUAUGGUUUGGUCCGUGGCCACGACUAAAUGUUACUGAUCCGGAGCUCAUAAGGGAGAUUCUAAGGAAUCCUGGUGUAUAUCAGAAGCCCCUUCCAGAGAUGGGAAAGAUUCUUACAGGCGGCCUCGUAGUUUUGGAGGGCGAAAAAUGGGCUAAGCACAGGAAGAUUGUCAAUCCUGCUUUCCAUCUCGACAAGUUGAAGAGCAUGGUGCCCGCAAUGGUUUUGAGCUGUUCGAAGAUGAUAGAAAAGUGGGAAGCCAUGGUUUCUGGUAGUGAUAAAGGGUGGUGUGAAAUCGAUGUCUGGUCAUACCUGGAAGAUCUAACGGGCGAUGUGAUUUCACGGACAGCGUUCGGUGGCAGCCAUGAAGAAGGUAGUAGAAUAUUCCAGCUCCAAAAAGAGAAACUUGAGAUCUCUCUGCCAUUGCUGCAGUUGAUAGUCAUCCCAGGAUGGAGAUAUUUGCCUACGAAAGUGAACCGGAGAUUGAGCGCAAUAACAAGAGAGGUUCAAUCCUUGCUGAGAGGCAUGAUCGACGAGAGGCAGAAGGCGGCCGCCCCUGCUGACGACUUGUUAGGUCUGUUGAUGGAGUCGAGUUCAAGAUCCGUUGAAGAAAGCGGGAACAAGAAGGGCGGGAUGAGCAUCGAAGAUGUGAUGGAAGAAUGCAAGCUGUUCUAUUUCGCCGGCUCAGAAACAACCUCGAGUUUGCUGGUCUGGACGAUGGUGCUGCUCUGCAUGCAUCCCGAAUGGCAAACUCGAGCUAGGGAAGAGGUGAACCGAGUCAUGGCCAACUCCGAACCAGCUUUUGAGGCUUUGAAUCAUCUCAAAGCUGUUACGAUGAUCCUGCAAGAGGCGUUGAGGAUGUACCCGCCGCUGCCUCUGACGGCGAGGGGCCCGACGGAGACGGUGAAAGUGGGGGAUCUGACGAUUCCGAAAGGGGUGCAUAUGACGCUGCUGAUAGGGCAGGUCCAUUAUGAUCCGGAGAUUUGGGGCGAAGACGCGAGAGAGUUCAAACCGCAGAGGUUUGAGAAAGGCAUUCCCGAUGGGGCGAAGAUGAAAGCGGGCUUCAUACCAUUCGGGUCGGGGCCUCGCGCCUGCAUCGGCCAGAACAUGGCCAUGAUGGAAGCAAAAGUUGCUCUUGCGAUGAUUCUGCGCCGCUUCUCAUUUCAACUGUCGCCCUCUUAUGUGCACGCUCCUUUUUCACUCUUAACUUUGCAGCCGCAGCAUGGCGCUCCAAUGAUUUUGCGCUCUCUUCAUUCCUAAACCGAGUUUUAUAUAUUUUCUAUGUAGACGGAAACUUGCAACCAUGUUGGGUGAUGAGUCUCACUAGCUCGUUUAUGUUUUAACCAAGUUGUGUUGACAUACGUGUAGUAUUUGUAUAUGGUUGCAAUUACAAACAAGUAUUUGUGUCUCA